ACGAUCGCAGCUAAAGGCAGAGCAAUAAAGUUUCCGAAACGGCGUUCUGCGACGGUUAUCCAGCAUAGGGCGAUCCGGCAUCGCAACAGUGUUGGUGAAUUACAGGUUUUACUUCGCGUGAUCAACAACCUUUCAGCAUGAUCGUGUUCGCCGUGAUCAUCUCCGUACUGUUCGCAUUGUGUUUACGAUUUGUAGCUUUUCGGUACAAGAUGUACCGUACGGUCGGUAAGAUCCCCGGUCCUCCCGCGAACUUUCUGUUCGGAAACGCACUCGAGCUGAUGCGCUACGAUACCCAGGGCUUCUUCGAAGCCCUGAUGAAAUACUUUCAUCGCUAUGGGACUACGAUCCGGAUUGAUCUACUGAGCAAGAGUUGGAUAGUGUUUGCCGCACCUGCCGAUAUUGAGCGCAUUAUUUCGUCCAACGAGUUCAACCACAAGGCAUCGGAUUAUGACCUGCUGCAGGAAUGGAUAGGGAACGGCAUUUUGCUCGACAACGGCAGCAGCUGGUUCGCCAACCGGCGUGCUCUGACCGGGGCGUUCCAUUUUAAGAUUCUCGAUAGCUACGUGCCCGUAUUCGAAGAACAGGCAAAGAUAUUGGUACGCAAACUACUUGCUAGCUCCGGCGAUCCGGUGGACGUGUUCCCCAUUCUCAAGCUGUACACGCUCGACGUCAUCCUGGAGACAUCGAUGGGCGUCCAGUGCCACGCGCAAGUGAAGGAUUCGGCCUACGUGCAAGCCGUGUCCGACCUUACGCGAAUCAUCUUCUGGCGGAUGUACAACACCAUGGGGCACGCCGACUGGAGUUUCCGGCUCACAAAGCUGUAUCCACUGUACCGCAAAUCAAUUCGCAUCAACAGCGAAUUCACAACGUCCGUUAUCAAACAACGGCGUGCUGAACUUCUGGUGUCGGACUCUGACGCGCCCAGACCGGAGAAAGGGCGUCUCUCGUUGCUUGAUAUCCUGUUGCGGUCCGACAUAACCGGGCGCCAGUUCACGGAUGAGGAGGUGUACAGCCAAGUCAAUAACUUCAUGUUUGCCGGCCACGACACAACCUCUAGCGCUAUCACCUUCAUACUGUAUGCCUGCGCCAAGUAUCCGAUCGUCCAGCAGCGUGUGUACGAUGAAAUCGUUGCCGAAAUUCCCGCCAGCAAACCGAUCGACCAGCAGUCAAUCAAUAGCCUGAAGUAUCUGGAGCUAGUGAUUAAGGAAUCGCUGCGCAUGUUUCCUCCUGUUCCGUACUUUUCCCGCUUGAUCGAAAAAGACGCAACCAUCAACGGACACCGCUUGCCAAAAGGGUCGUCGAUGGUUUUCGGUGCUUAUAUGCUGCACCACAGCCCGGAUCACUUUCCACAGCCCGAACUGUUCCGACCGGAGCGGUUCGAGCAAACGGACAAGCGCAACCCAUUUGCAUACCUUCCCUUCAGUGCCGGAAGUCGCAAUUGCAUUGGACAAAAAUUUGCGCUCAAUGAGCUCAAGACGGUGGUUGCGUCCGUGCUGCGCCACUGCAAAGUGGAGUUACCCGAUCCGGACUUUGAGCCAAAAUUAAAGUUGGAAAUCGUGUUGAAACCCGUAAACGGUAUGCACCUGCGCUUCACUCCACGGCAGGCAACCGAGCUGAAGUGAAGUGUUUUUAUGAACAGUGUAACGAGCAACUUCACGUUGCGAUUUGAACAUCGG